CUCCCCCCUUCCUCGCGCCGCCGAAUGACGCUCGACGGCUCCGAGACGGGGCUGAGGUACACCGUGGAGGCGUACGUCGGGAGCGGGACGUUCAGCAGGGUCUUCCGCGUCCGGGGGGCGGCCGCCAGCCGCGGCCACCCGGCGGGGCAGGGGGGCAGAGGGAGCGCCGGCUCAGAGACAGCGGAGGACCGCGUCUACGCCGCAAAGGUGAUGCGGAAGAGCGACGCCUACAUCCGGGGUACACCUCUGACGGGCCAAGGGAGGGGCAGAUCUUGCAGAAGCUGGAGCGGGUCCAGCGGGAUCGGGGCCAGGACGUGUUCACCAUGAGGUGCUUCGAUUCGUUCGCCACCAGAGACGACGCCGGCGAGGAGUACUGGUGCCUCAUCCUCGAGUGGCUGGACGCCUCGCUCUACGACGUCGUGAGGGCCAACGGCAACCGGGGCCUGCACCUGGCCAUGGUCCGUGUGAUGCUGUCGCAGCUCCUGGAGCAGCUCUCCGUCCUGCAGGAGUUCGACUGCACCCACACGGACAUCAAGCACAAGAAUUGCUGCCUCGCAGACACCCGGCACUUCCUGCUGCCCGCCAGCGACAGGGGCAGGGGCACCAUGAUCUUGGCGAGGCCGCACGCCAAGCUCAUCGACUACGGCAACGCGGUCUUCGAGGGCGACAGGAAGGCGCACCCCAUCCACACGAAGCAGUUCCGCGCGCCCGAGGUCCUGCUCAACGCGGCCCAGGGCUGGGGCCCCCCCAGCGACGUGUGGACCCUGGGCGUCACCGCGGCCUUCCUGCUGUCAGGGCGGCUCCUCUUCAACUCGCACGAGCCCGGCGAGCUCGUGCGCGCGAUGGCCGAUGCUCUCGGGCCGUUUCCCGCCGCCCUCUUGGCGGGCGCCCGCGACGGGCGCGCGCGCCGAGCCGCGGAGCAGGCCAGCGCGGCAGCGCGGGACCCUCCACGGCUGGCGGAGCAGCUGGGGCUGGGCGGCUUCGGCGAGGGCACCCCGGAGGCCGCGUGCGCCGACCUGGUGCGGCGGAUGCUGUCGCUGGACCCCGCGGAGCGCAUCGACGCGAAAGCCGCGCUGCGGCACCCGUUCCUCGCCGCCGGGCUCCCCGCGCUGCCGCAGCGGCCGCGCGGCGCGGAGCUCCGGGCGCUGAGGCCCUCUGCGCCGCCCGCCGCGUCCGCUUCCGCACCCGCCGCCCCGGAGCCCGCGGCCCCGCUCACGGCGGCGGCGGGCGAGGGCGCGGCGCGCGGGGAGGUCUCGCCGAGGCGGAGCAGGCUGACGCGGCCCGGCCAGUCGCCCGCCCCAGCGGAAAAAGAUGCGCUCUCGGCCACGGGACCCCGCGUGCUGCACCACUCGUCUGGCGCGUUCCCUCGCGAGUGCCUGUGGGUGGGCGGGUCUGGACGUGAGGUGUAG